CGAAAGAGGCAGCGAGCGUGCGCGUGUGGCCGGGCGUGGCAACACUGCCUCGCUGCUCACUCAAGGGUUGGUGUCUGGACAACGUGCACCAAAAUGUACCUUAAUUAUUAUUUAAACGAGAAGGGCGAUAGGGUUUACACUAUUGCGAAGACUGAUCCAAAUGGAAAGCCAUGCUUUUCUGCCCACCCAGCAAAGUUCUCCCCAGAAGAUAAAUAUUCAUGCCAGAGGAUAAUAAUCAAAAGGAGAUUUAAAUUACUACUCACCCAACAACCUCCAGUGCGCUACUAGCACUUACAUAUGGCCUAACCUUGGGAGCAAUAAGGAACCCCAAGUGCUGUGUGAAGCAGGGAAGGACUACCAAAUCUUCAGUUGGGAGAACAACAAAAAUCUUUUCAUAAUAUCAACAAAAUAUAAAAUGUGGUUUAAAUUUAUUUAGACCAACAAAAAUUUGUUAAUUUCAUGUUGUUUCAUGUUUAAAAUAUUACAAUGUCAUUGAUGUUUUGUUCCCGAUUUGUAAUUCAUGUUAAUUUUCAAGUCGGGUGACAUGAUGUAGAUCAUUUAAGAUAAGUUAUAAAUAAAAUAUAUUGUAAAAAAAGUGUUUGAUCUUACUGAAAAGUACAAUAUUAUUGUACAUUUGAAAACUCAAGUUUCUCAAGGAAUACUGUGUCUGGUACUGUUACCAUUGUAAUGGGGUGCUGUAGAAAUGCUUGACAGUUUAUAUUGUACUCAGUCCUUACUCUAGUUAACACUUGCAACAAGAACAAAUUUGAAUAAGAAAAUGCCAUAUUGCAUAUUGUGUUUAAAGACACAUGAAAAUUCAAUAAACAAGGAAUGUUAA